AUGGAGAAACUCAAAGAUCCCGUUGGGGGAUGCACCACAGCCACCUGUGGAUGGAGAGCCCUCCUUCUCCCCCAGCUGAACAGGCAGUCCCUCUACGUGUACGGCAGCGAAGUGGCCGUGGAGAAAGAAUGCAUGCGGCAGCUGCAGAGCGGCGUCUUGGUAAUUCACCCCUUCAGCCUCAUAAGGAGUUACUAUAUAAUGUGCAUGAUGGCCAUAACAUUUCUGAACCUGAUCGGGAUUCCAAUGGAGAUAGCAUUUUUGGACGGAGACAACGGGCUUGGAUGGGAAGGCUUCAACGUGUUUUCGGACACGCUGUUCCUGAUAGAUGUGGCCUUGAAUUUUCGGAUGGGCAUCAUACCAGAGGACAGCGAGGUAGCCAUUCUGGAUGUCAAACAGAUUCGUGUGAGCUACCUGAGGUCAUGGUUCAUACCAGAUGUAAUAGCAGCUUUCCCCAUUGGCUACAUACUGUUUUUUGCGGACUUGCAAUACCACAAUGACGACAGCCCCUCGAAGACCAACAGGAUGAUGAGAAUACUCAUGUUUGUCAGGAUCCUGAGCCUCAUUAGGCUGGUGCGGGUGUCCAGGCUGGUCAGGUUCUUCAAUGAAGUGGAGAAAGUGUCAAAUGCAAACUUGGAGGUAGUCCGCUUGUUCUUCCGAAUCCUCUCUCUAUUUAUGAUGAUUUUCCUCUUAUGUCACUGGAAUGGCUGCAUCCAGUACUUUGUCCCCAUGCUGGAGGAGUUUCCAUCUGACUGCUGGGUCAGGAAAGAAAACCUGAUGAAUGCCACAGUGAGCGUGAAGUACUCCUGGGGAGUUUUCCGAGCCCUUUCCCAGAUGAUUGCGCUGUCCUACGGCUCCAUGGAUGCUCCAACAAAUUAUGUUGAGAUGUGGAUCGUUAUGGUGAGCAUGGUGUCCGGCUGUCUGAUGUACACCGUCCUGGUUGCCAACGCUACAACCAUGAUAGCCAGCACGGAACCCACGGCCAAGGAGUACAAGAGCAAGAUGAGCCGCUUGGAGCACUACAUGGCAUUUAUGAAACUUCCACCUGAGCUCCAGCUUCGUAUCAACAACUACUACCAGGCUCGCUACGGCGGCAAAUGGUUUGAUGAGAGGGACGUCAUGGACACAGUCUCUUCGGCGCUGAAAGAGCAAAUCCUGACAGCGAUGUGCAGCCGGUUGCUGAAAAGGGUGCCCAUGUUCCAAGACAGAGACAUCAACUUCAUCAAUGCUGUCCUGCUAAAACUGGAGUAUGAGGUCUACCAGGAAGGAGACAUCAUCGUCCGCCAGCAUGCGCCUGGAGACCGCAUGUUCCUCAUCGACCACGGCCAGGUCAUGGUGGAGACUGACUCCUUCGAGAGGGAGCUGUGUGAUGGAGACUACUUUGGAGAAACAUGCAUGCUGACCAAGGGGAAACAUCUGGCCACGGCGCGGGCGCUGACCGACUGCCAGUGCUUUUCUCUUUCCUGGGACAGCUUUCACAAGGCCCUGGGGGACUUCCCAGAUGUCAGGAAGGACUUAGAAAAGAUGGUUCAGCUCAACUCUGAUGAUAACGUUGUGUAA